AUGGUUUAUGGUCAGAACUACGAUGGUAUCCGAUCGUCUUUGAACUGGGUGGUUCUGCCUCCCCAGGUCAAACCUUCUAACAUCAAGAAGCUUCAAGUUCAAAAAGUAAAGCGUGGAGAAAAUGUUUCUAUAAAAUGUGACAACUUGUUCACUUACACAUAUGAUUUAUUUUGGUUCAAACAGAGUUUUGGAAAGGUUCCUCAGUGGGUAGGGAGAGGAGGGGAGAACUCAUUCACACCCGGUGCAGGAUUUAAUGAUGGACGCUUCAGUAUUAGUGUAAAUAAAAAUCUGCCUAAACUCAACAUUAAAGAAAUCAAAGAAGAGGAUACAGGAACAUAUUUCUGUGCACAAUUGCUGAGAUCUUCACUAUACUUUAGAUCUGGAACCCUUUUGGUUGUUCAAGCUGAGGAGAAGAAACAGCAUCCUCCGACUGUAACGGUGAUAGAGAACGGAGAGUCACUCUCACUCCAGUGUUCAGUUCAAGCCUUCACUUCAAGCUGUGAAGAACAGAGUGUGUACUGGUUCAGACACGGCUCAGGAGAAUCUCAUCCAGGAAUCAUUUACACUCAUGGAGAUGGCAGUGAUGAGUGUAAGAAGAGCUCUGAGGCUGGUUCUCCUACACAGAGCUGUGUCUACACUCUCCCCAAGAGGAAGCUCACAACCUCUGAUAAUGGAACGAUCUACUGUGCUGUGGCUGCGUGUGGACAAAUCCUCUUUACUAAUGGAACUGAAGUUGAAGUAAUUCAGGGAAAAGAUCUGUCCUCGAGUCUACAGAUCAUGUAG